AUGUUCAUAUGUAUCUCGCCACGUUCAACCCUUGCCCUACACAUCGCCACCCCUUCCUUGGGCCUCGCAGACUACGCCGUGAAGCCCUCUGGCAUUUUCACCUCCGCCAAGGCCGUGCUGCGGCCUGCAGACAUCGUCACCGCGACCGAGGACACUGGGCGCUCCCUGCGCCGCUUCGUCUACUGCCUCUCCCGAUGUCCACAGCCGAUGAAGAUCAUUAUGCGCUCUCCGUGCGCAUCACGCGCCCUCACUGCGCCCCCGUAUGGGUACCUUGCCUGGCUCGUCGUCAACUACGAGCACGGCAUAAACGUGUUCCACCCUGGCGCGAGUGAGACUAUUGCGGCUCAGUUUGUCGCUGCCCUCGGCCUACGCGCGUCAAUGAUGAUCUGGCGCGUCCACGGACGGCUCCGCGGGGUGGUCUCAGCCGUGGCACAGGCCAAUCCCUUCACCAUCCCCAGCCUCUUCCACCCACAGGGCGUGCGCAGGCGUCACGCUGGGCGGGUGCCCCGUGUACGCGUCCUGGUUGUCAUCAUCAUCCAGAUCGAGACGCACAAUGGAGUGACAAACCUCAAUGGGAACCUCACCAUCGACGACCUCGGUCGCCAAUGUGCAGUGCUCCCAACAGCGCACUUCAAGUACGUCAUUACCAACAUGGGCGUGUACUUAGUCCCUGAUCCACGCACUGGGCUCCGAUGCAAGGCCGCGCUUGUCCUCCGUUUGGCGGCAUUGGUGAACAGUGGCCACAACGGUGAAUGCGAACCGCCGCCCGCGAUUUGGAUGGAAGACAGACACGUACGCUCCAGCCGCCAUUACAUGCUCGAGCGGUUCGACGAAUGGAAUAAAACCAAGGUUGUCGGCCUCAGUAAGAAGAGUAGGUCCGACACGAUUGCGAAGGAAGCUUUCGAGAAGUUCAGUCUCGCGGGUGUAAUCCCGUACGAAUCGUUCAAAGUGCGUUUACAAUCGCCUCAACAACCUUCAGCAGCUCGCCGCAAGCCCAACGGAGCACAAGACAUACAGAAACAGCGCGAAGCACUCGAGCGUAUCUUGGAGCUCUCUGAUGGACUCAACGGCGACCUUGACGAUGGCGACAUGGACGACGACGACCCCGAUAACCACACCGAAGAACCUGCCAAGCGAUCAUCAGGCGUGGUUCGUCCAAGAGCAGCCCUCCCAACCCGCUUCUCAGACCAUGAAGACCUUGUCAAGACGCACGCUGGUGACAACGCCAACGUUGGACAGCUGCAUAAGGCCACCUGCGAGCUUUUCGACGCCCUUCCUGAUGCAGUCAGAGGCGAGUACUACACGCGAGUCGCUCAGAGUGCUCAGAACGCUAAGAGUUCUCCGGAGAGCUGCUUCGAGAACCAACCGUUCGGCUGCAGCACCGUCACUAAUGCGCUGAAGAGCCUUCCAGGCUUCGACUACAAUGGGCUUGGUCACGCGGUUUUCUACUUGAUUUGCGACAGCGGCACUGUGGGGUCGGGAGCCGAGAAUAGUUCCUUCACCCUAUGGCGUAAUGGCGCCGCGAUGCCCUUCGCUGACCUGUACCUUGAUUACGCGGAGGAGAUCUUGCCGGAGAACCCCUCGCAGUUCCUUACGAUGCGCCUCAAGCCUUUUGACGACGGCUGGAACAAGGGUCAGAUCUUGUCUGCGCUGACAGUCUUCUUGCAGCAGCUUUGGUCUCCCUCCCCCCACCUCAUACAUACCGUUAACACCGUCAAAGCAGCGUCAGAAGGUAGUUACAUUCAUGAGUCCCCAAAGCACUCCGCAUCCAGCACGCUCGAUGGUGGGGAUCCUUCCCCUGUCCGGUCUAGACCCGAUUCGGUGGACGACCCAGACGCUACUCUUGCCAUCUUGACUCAUCGCGAGCCGAAGCUCUCCGCUCUUCCUAUUCCAACCUCGCCACUUCGCCUGGUCGUCGAAUCCCCGGCCACGUCACCUACUACACCAACAUCUCAACCCACUGAAUCACCCAUAAACCCGGCGUCCUCUACGUCUACCGCGCUCCCCACGUCGACCGACGCGGAUGGAGAUACCGCUUCCGCAUCUAGUAUGCUUGCUUCUACGAAUGCUCCCAUGAGCUUGCUUCAAGACGCCUCACCUGUAGCCUCCGUCCGUGAAGCGUCGACCACCUUCACGGACCUCUCGGACAGCCUUGCAAUGUCUCCUUCUACUGGCGCCACGGUCGAGAUCACCUUGAACAGCCACAUCGGUGCUCUUGGAUCAGAGUCGGGUUCACCGGCGCUCGCCACUUCGCCCACGCCCGUCCCGCCGGCAGCCCAGGCAACUUCGCCUCCGAUUGACCAAGCUUCGACUGUUCUCCCCAUCACGCCACCGGAUGACGCGUAUUCAGCGUCCGUCACGCCCGCCGAGCACGAACCACACACCGCCGCCCCCACGAACGUGACUGGUACUGAGCCUGUCCUUCCCGGUCCGUCUGACGGCAACACCUCUGCAACUCCAGUGCCUUUACUGCCUUCUUCCGACGCUCGCCAAGCACCUAGGCCCCGCAAACGCAAACACGCCACCGACGCAGAGGAGCGACCCGCAUCUGCAGCUAAGCGAAGCUCUACGCGGCUAUUGAAGACGGCGAAUGGGCACCCCGAGGUCACGUUGAACAAGAGAGUGACGCGCGCAUCUGCUUCCGCGGCCGCUACGAAGGGGACGAAGUAA